UUUUCUUCAAAAAAAUUUUCCAAAAAAAUUUUUUUGCUUAACAUAAUAUUUCUUUUUUUAGAGCUCCAUUUGGGGGGAACGACUCUCAUGGGAAAAACAAAAGGAAGGAAGAAGAUAUGGACUUUAUUGGAACUUGUAAUAAAAAAAUGGGGUUACCUUCCCCUCACAACACUCAUCAUAUCAAUAACAAAAAAUAAUUUUAUAUGCAAAAAUCCUUUUCUUCGUCAAAAAAUUUCUAUCAACAAUGGAAUUUAGGAGAAUUAAAUAAAGGAAUGCAAAAAGAGGAAGAAGUAGAUUUUGUUGAAAAAAUUGAAAUUGAAGAGGAGGAGGAUGAGGAUGAAUUGGCACCAGAAGAAUUACAGGAAUUGGAAGAUCAUUUAUGUGAGAUGGUUACCCCCAAAAAUGUUUUGUUAUUUGGAGGAAGAAAUAGAAGGGUAAAAAAAAUAAAAUUUUGGGAAAUCCGUUGGCAGAUCCUGGGAAAUCCACGGAUAUCUUGUUCCGAUAUCCGAUCCGAAAAUUUCCGGAGAUCAUGA